UACAAAUAUCAGACAGUUUAUUUAUAAUUUACUACAGGAAAAUAAUGAUAUAUCUAAAUUCCGAUCUGAAGUAUCUGUUUCGGAAAUGUGUAUAUACUUUAGGUUAUAAGAUGUGUUGUUUUUAUAUGGUGAGCUUUUAACUGACUUACAACAAGAAAUUGUGGUCCUGCGUGUGUUUCAUCACUGUCAUCAUUUCGUUAUCAGAGGCAGACGACUACUAUAACAAGCGAACGUGAUUUAUGGUGUUUUUAACCAAUCGGGAUCGCUUAUACGUUUGAGAGUCAAUAAAUUAUUUCAAUUCAACUUAUCAGUGGAUAAAGGAAACUAUAUUUAAAAAAACAGAGUAAACACAUCACUGUUACUGUUAAAGUUCAUUUUGGAGAAGUUAUUUAAAUUUCUGACUUAGAACUAUGGAGGGCUAUUGUCAGACUAGGUUUCAUUACUUAAAUCAGAAAUUUUUUAACUUCAUUACAUGUUCUAUGUGCUACCAGUAUUUAUUCCCAACGAAUAAAGAACUAGUGUCGAGAGGAUUAUUCUUGGAGGCAACAAGUGAAUCAAGGUAUAAAAAAGGGACACAAAUUUUAGCAAAUAUCUCAAACGCAACUUUUGCAAAAAAUGUUUGUAAGACAUUAGAAGCGGAAGGAGACUGUAAAAGAUGGACCGAUUGUUGUUACUCUGCAAUCAAAUGUUGCAAGGAUCAACUUGCGGCGCCUUUUCUUUAUAAUGGCACAAGUCAUUGUCCUCGGAUUUGGGAUGGUUAUGGCUGUUUCCAAGAUACUCUUCCCGGAGUCCGUGAAUAUAUUCAGUGCCCCUCUUACAUUGAACAUGGGGUUACACAUGCACAUGCAUUUAAAGAUUGCACAGACAAUGGAUCGUGGUAUGUUGACCCAGAAACAAACAAGACAUGGACAGACUACAGAUCAUGUGUGCCAAUUGAUCACCCAAUGAUACUAGUGUACAUUAGUCUAGCUUGCAACAUAAUUAGCCUUUUGCUACUUGUUCCUUCUUGUGCUAUAUUUCUGGCUUUCAAACAGUUACGUAACCAGCACAGAAUCAAACUACACAUAUGUUUCUUUACCUCUUUUAUACUGGUAUCAGUGGUGGCUGUAAUGUGGGAUUUCCUUGUCCAUUUCAAUAGACUGAAUACAAGUUCAGAUAGCACACUUCAGAAGAAUACGAGCGGUUGUAAGUUACUGAAUGCCUUGUUGCGAUAUACACAAACAUCUAAUUAUUUCUGGAUGUUUUGUGAGGGAUUUUACCUCCAUCGACUUAUUGUACAUGCAUUCAAAGUACCAAAAGGGCUGCUCGGCUAUUAUGUUAUGGGUUGGGGUAUUGCAUGGGUGCCUGUGGUAAUUUAUUCUAUUAUCAGAGCUACAGAUGAAGAUUUGGACGAAAGGUGUUGGGUGACUGAUGCUGGCCACUACGAAUGGAUCAUAUUUAUACCAAAUGUAUUGUGCCUCUUUAUGAAUGUGGUAUUUUUCGUCAACAUAUUGAGGAUUCUGCUUACGCAGUUGCAAUCUCAUCCAAAUGAGCCUAGUAAUUACAGGCGGGCAUUAAAAGCUACAUUUGUUUUGAUCCCAUUGUUUGGUAUACAGUGGGGGUUCGUAAUACACAGACCAGGAUUUACAUUGUGGUAUGAGGUAGUACGAAUUAUUGUUCAGUAUACACAGGGUGCUAUUGUAUCUCUUGUUUUUUGCAUCUUCAACGGGGAGGUACACUCGCAUUUAAAAAGUUGCCUUCGAAAGAAAUGGCCGAGUGCCUUCAGAGAUGACCCUGGGCGAUUUCAAAGCACGGUGUCUGGAACACAGUACUCGCACGUGUCGUCAGGGCGUCGUGGAACUCAACAAAAUGAUCACUAUAUCCCACUCAACACAGUACCAGACGAUCAACUAAGACAAAACGGUCAUGUUGGAUAAAGCAAUGUUAUGAAAUCAGUUCAGUAAAUCUACCAGUAUUUUUUCAUCAGGAUAGCUAAAUCAAAUGAACCAGUGCAAAAUAUUGACAAAGUUUCUGAAAGAAAGCUCCGUCCCCUUUAUGUAUUGAUUCUGUUUACAUAAUAUUUAUAACACUUUUAUUGUUGGUAUGCAAAUAUUUUUUUGUUUUAUUGUCAAUGCUUGCUUCGUUUUGAAGAUCAUGCACACUUGAACGUUUAUUGAAUCACUGAUGACAAUCAUAGACAGAAGAAAACAUAGUUUUAAUUAGAAAUUAAUCUGAAAAACAUAUUAACGUCUUUCUUGUUUUCUUUUCUCUAAUAAUUAUUAUAACUUUGGAACAGUCAAAAUUAAAACAUCAUACACUUUCUCGAGAAUAAAAUACCACUGGUUAAAAACCUAAUGAAUGAAAAAUUGAAUAGGAAGUCCAAUUUUGUGAUUUAAAAUGGAAAAAAAACUAUAAAAUAAGUUUUAUUUUCCAUAGGCGAGAGAACAUAUGUCGGACAUGGGUGAGCGAUGUCCCUUAGAAAACUCUGAAGACAAACACAAGACUAGUUUUGACCACUCUACACGAGUAUACUUUUCAUUAAAAAAAUCUCAAAACAUCAUAAGACAUUUCAACCACCCUUCAAUCGUUAUGCAUGCCUUAUUUUUCUUUUCUUAUAAUCUUUGCCUGUGAAUUUUUAUUUAUCUUCAAAUGUUGGCGAUGUUAGCAGUUUUCAAUUAACAAUGCAAGGUACAAUUGUGUUCAAUGGAUCAGUCCAUUAGAUUGUGAAUGAGUUUUGUAUCACUUCAAAUAAUAACUUUACAAUAAAGGUAAAACGCCUUAUACAUUUUUAAAAUAGACUGCAGUUUUGUAUAAUUGUCUGUUGGCAAAAUUAUAUGUAAACAGUAAAUGUACAAGACCUUCACAAAUAUUCAGGAUAUCUGUUGUAACAUUAUGCAGUUCGUCUUUUAUACAUGUGUGUGUGUGUGUGUGUGUGUGUGUGUACCAGGAGAGGUAAUAAACUCUGACUCUACAAUUGAAGGGAAAUGUGUAUCCAACACUAUAAAUGUCCUUAUUAAAGUAGCAACUGUCGAUACAUAACAAUUGGUCAUCAACAAACAAAAUCCUAAACUAACAAAAACACUACGAUACUAAUAUCAACAAUUACUGGCAUGGUUUCUGACAUUAGCAUGUGGAAUGGUUUAAUUAGUGUUGUGAGUACUCAAACCACCCCUCUUUAUUUUUUUCUAAAACGUUGUAUCAAUAUUAAUACAGAUCACCAGUUCUAGUAUCUGUACACUUGUUCAAUGAAACAUAUGGCGUCUUGUAUCGUCAUACAUUUAGAGGUAAUUUGUUUAGCACCUAACAUGAAAAUUAAUUAUUCUACAUAUAAGAAAGAAGUCUUUGACGUAAUCUGACAUUGACUUUUUUCUAUGUCUGCUUGAUAGUAGGUUGCUCAACGCUUUCUUUUAACACAAUGUUGGUUAACCUAAUAUAUCAGAAAAAAUCCAAAAGUAAUUUAAAUCUACCAAAUAUCACGCUUCGGAUGUUCAUAGGCAGACAUUAGCGUAUCGGACAUUCGUAUCUAUAUUUACGAAUUUUGUGUUACACAUUGGCAUUAGAGCUUCAAACUUAUUACAUUUAGUGUAAAACAGAAAAAUUACCAAACUAGACUCAUUUUAGGAUCGUGUCAUUAAUAUUUAGAUAUGAGCAACAACUUUACCCAAAAGGAUAUUUAAGUGCAACAUUUUUUUUACAAACAUGUUAUUGUGUGUAAAAUAUUUUUCUGGGUUAAGUGGUGGCUCAUAUUUAUUUUUUGACCAUAAAACCUAUAUUGAGAUGGCCAAUUUAGGUCAAAUACGUAAAUUUCAACUUGUUUACGACGUCUAAGACAUCACACCUUUUUGCACUAAAGUGUCAAGAAUUUAUUAAACUGUACGUUCAUAAUCUAUCAAUGUAAUAACACAGUUUGAAAGAAAGGAUCAAAUAAAUGUAUAUUUUUGCAAUUAUAAAGGCCAAAUAAUGGCUCGUAUUAUACAUCCUUUUGGUUUUUUGCCUUUUUACGUUUUCAAGUAUAGGGGAGUUAAAAGUGCUUGAAACAAUUGAUGUCCUGGAGAUCGCUUUCUCUUCAAAUGUCUAUACAAUGUCACCUUUCAGCGUACAUAGUUGAUAUGACUUAUGAUUUCAAGCUUAUACAUGUACAGGUAUACAUAUACUUAUUAUUACAUAAUUUUUCAAAUUUUCUUUCAUCUUUACUUUGUUUGAUUAUUUAACCUUCAAUAUAUUUUGUUAAGAUAUGCAUUACAUAUAUAUAUUAAAAUCAUUUAGACAUUUUA